CACAUAUUCUCUUUCUAGUCCAGUCUCUUUGUUGGAUAGGACAAAUCUAUUAGUUGAAUGGGGUUCUUCCACAAACAGCAACCAUUGAACUUGGACAUUGCCUAUGUAUGCAUUUACAACCCCCUAUAUGCGAUUGAUACCCUAUUUUGCUUUAAAAAUCAGUGGCUCUUAGGUUAAAUACCUAGGUAGGUAAAGAGGAAACUCUAUACUUUGAUAUACCUCGACGCAACUGUUAUAUUCUGUGGAUUUAUAUCCACAAGUGAACUAAAUAACGAUGAAUCACCCAAGUCGUGAUUUCGACGAGCGAGGCCCCCAUAGCUUCGAGGAACAUUACCGGCUGAAGAAUUGGGAGUUUUACCAGUACCGAACUGUGAAUCAUGAACCGUUAAGCGAAGGGACCCUUGCCGAAUACCGAACAGCCUGGUUGAACCAUCCAUUCGGCGUAGGGGGGAGAGUUAAGAUUAUACCACGAGAUAUCAAUUCGCUUUCGCGAUACACUCUUAGGAAUAAUCCGAAAGAAACGGUACAGGAAAUACGAGACAGAACAUAUGAAGCGAAGAACUGGUUUCUCAAUGAGGGUCCGUUUCAGUUUGUCAGACCCUUAGGAUUUGGCGGGCAGGGUAUAACCAUCCACUUCAAGUGGACACCAUAUCCAACUGGGGGUUCUCUGACUAGACCUGGAACUAUAACUGAAUUUAUGAGUUGGGAUAUUGUGUUGAAGGUCGCCACUGAAGGUUGGGAUGAUGCAGCCGUUCGUCGCGAGGAGAUGCAAACAAGGAAAAUGAAACGCGCAGCGCAUUGUAUCCAAAUUUUCGACGCGGAGGAGUACAAUAUGGUCCCUCAAGCAACACCGUGGGCAUAUGAAAUACCCACAGAAGACGAUACGAGUGAGCCAGAAACUUCUAGCGGGGAAGAAAGCCGUGAUGAUGACCCCCCUCCAAAGAAGCCUACCAGGAGAGAGCGCAUAGAAGGAGACAUUGACGGAGUGAGACAUAAAAUUCGGACGCAUAUGGCAAGAGUCGCGGACCAGCGAAAAUGGUAUAGGCGGAGAGAGAAAAGGCUAGAAAGAGCUCGGGUACAAGCAGCUAAGGGCGAACCCCCCGAUUUCAAUCCAGAAGGAUGGGAUUUAGGCCGUAAGGAUUAUAUGCUACUGGAGUUUGCCCCGAAUGGCGACUUGGAGCAUUUUAUUUACAGGCUUAACGAUAGUGGUGAGAAAGUGCCAAAUCGUGUUCUUUGGUCUUUCUGGCAAUGCCUGGUUAAGGCUUGUGUUGCUAUGGAAUACCCACCAAGAAAAUUCCACCCUAGACGACGCGAAGCAAAUUCAGAUUUCACCCCAGUAAAUACCGUUGACGGCUCAAAAGUCGGGGGUAAAGACCUUUUUGAAGAAGUACCCCCAGCGAAACGCAGAUGGGCCGGGAAAAAUAUGGUACAUUUUGAUAUUGACCCUAGGAACAUUCUUGUUUUCGAUGUUGAUGUUGGCGGUCCCGAUGAGGAGCAUAGAUUGGUCCCUAGGUUGAAGGUUACGGACUUUGGAUGCGCGCAAGAGAUAAAACCCAACAAGAAUAAUUCUUACUAUCUCGGGUAUCGUAGUUGCGGCAAAGUAGGACACUACGCGCCUGAGCAAUUCGGAGCAGAUUGGGAACAUAUCGAGGCUACCACAAGGGGUGGCUAUGAGCUUUCUGAAUCCCGAGUCGCCGGUAAUUACACAUCAGCGAUGAACGUAUGGCAAAUUGCAUUGACGAUGUGGCAAAUGAUAACGAAGUCUCGGGCGCCGCGCCCCCCUUGGCCGGUAAAGCCGCCUUACGAGCCUUAUCAUUACUGCCCAUUGAUACUGCAGCAAGAAAAAUACAAUUAUGUUGACAAAGAACUGCGAGAAACGAUGGCACACUGCAUGCGACACGACCCAGCGGACCGUCCAAGCCUGCUGGAUCUGAUGCAGCAGGCAGAAAGAGCCUCUACGAAAGUUUUCCCUGGCGAAAAUGAUAGAACAAUACAAGAUUGGGUUCAUGUGAUUUUUCACAACGCACCGGUGGGCGAUAACGAUAGCGGCGGCGGCGGUAGCAGUAGUGGUCCUGGCUCUAUUCCUGCUGUAAGCGGAGGAGGCUGGUGAAAUAAUGACGACGGUAAAGAGUAGUCUUGGCAAUAAUAAAUAGCCCUGGAGGUAACUUAGACUCAAAAGUACUAUAUUAACUGUUAUCAUUGUACCCAGAGGAUGGAACUUAUCUUUGUGACUUGGUAUAGAACUUGGAUGUGCUAUUGUGGUGACGAUUGG